UAUAUAAAUUCUCUCAUUAUCUAAUCUCAUUCAAACAAGAACAGUAAGAUAUAUGGUUCAUUUCAUUCCUAAUUAAAUUGGAAACUAGGAAAUAGAUAUGGAAUUGUUGAAAAAUUUAGCCGAUGUUUCCAAAGAGGAACAACGGAAAUUUAUUGAAUCUUUCGAUCAUGUCCUCGCGGAUAUGGAUGGGGUUAUAUGGCUAACAAACAAAAUGUUUCCGUUUUCGGUAGAAUGUAUGAAUUCACUGAAACAGCGAGGAAAAACCAUCCGUUAUGCUACAAACAACCCUCUCGUCAACGUAGUGGAUUUAUGGAAAAAAUUGGUUCGAGAAGGAUUUAACGCAGAAAUUGCCGACGUCGUCAACCCCCUUUUGUCGGUUAUGUCUUAUCUGAAGUCCAUCAACUUCAAUAAAAAAUUAUACGUCAUUGGAUCAGAAAAGUUCAAAGAAGAACUCCGGAAAGAGAAUUUCAAACUUGCAUCAGACCCUCCUCAAGUCGUUGAAGAAUCCGUUCCUGUUGUCUUAAAAUACAUUUCAGAUGAUGAAGACAUAGGUGCAGUAAUAUUUUCAUGGGAUCUCAAUAUGACCUUCAUCAAACUUCAAAAGGUUUUGACCUAUUUGAAAAGAAAAGACUGUUUGUUCAUAGCUGUAGCUAAUGACAAAAAAGCACCUAUUGGACCACCGGGACCACUUAUAGGUACCGGAGACUUCAUUGGAAUGGUGAGCGAUUUUAGUGGUAGAGAACCGACUUUUAUAGGAAAACCUUCGGCGUAUUUUGCUCAAUUCGUAAACCAGAAAUUCGAUAUUGUCGAUCCAAAAAGAGCUUUAUUUAUCGGGGAUCAGAUUGAUCCAGAUAUGAAGUUUGGUUCCACAGGAGGUUAUCAAAAACUAUUGGUACUGAGUGGAAUUGCAAAAAUUGAAGAUAUCAAAAAUUGGAAGCAUCCUGAAGAAUACAAACCUGAAUAUUACAUCGAAAGUCUGGACGUUUUGAACGAUAUUCUGAAAUCGAUUAAAUGAAGAAUUAGACACACAACUGAAUAAAAGCAGAUAACAGGCCCUAUGCCAUUACAGUUCGAUUGAAUCUUCUACACAAAAGGAAAUCUUCAACAAGUGAAACUCGAAAUGAGUUUUUGAAUUUUGUUUCUGUCAGAAAAUAUACCUGGUGUCACUAAAAU